AUGCUAUCUGGGCCUGUGUGCGUGCAGCCGGAGGUCAAGUAUGUUGCUGAAGUUGUGGUUUUGGUCACCACCCUUGGUGCCAAGAGAGUGGAGUACAACGCGGGGAAGCGAGCGAGGGAUCUCCUUGAAAUCAAGGGCGUCCACCACAAAGUCAUCGACUUCAACCGCGAUGCGAGACAAGCUGGAACUGGAGAUGCCGAGAACAAGGCAAUCCAGAAGCUGAUGGAGGACAGAAGACUUCAGACCGGUGGCAACAAUGAUUUGAUUCUUCCACAGGUUUUCAUCGAUGGCAACUAUGUGGGCAAUGCUUCGGAUCUGCAGGGUCUGGAAGAUGAUGGCCUACUUGAGAACAUCCUUCUCCGCAGGGCUUGCAUGAGGUGUGGGUGGACAAGACGGACCCCAGACAUGACUCAAUGCGCAGCCCCAGCCUGCGGGGCAAGCUAUCAGGAGAUCUUGCCAGGGGAGAUGACCAUCGACCAAAGACUCCAGGAGAUAGCGCACCAUGAUGACGAGUUCGACGAUGAGUUCUAUGAAGACGGUGAAGAGGAGUUCGCGGAGGAGGAUGCAGUCAUGCCGACGGUCACCAAAUCAGUCACCGAGUUUCCGGAAGAGCGACGUGCUCGGACAGGGACAGCCGGUUACGGUGGAGGUGCCGCCGCUGCAGCUCCAGACAGACCAGGUGUGCUGACGCCAUCGGCCCAGCUGCCGAUCGAUCCUGUAUUGCAGGACACCGCGAAGUUCGCACUGGGAGAGCAGGUACAGUACUGGAGCGAUUCCAAGAACCGGUGGAUGGAUGCCAUCGUAGAGGGCAUACGGCUCAAGGAGGGCAAUGUGGUCUAUGACCUGAACUGCAAGCGGGGAGCGCAGGCAGACAAGAUCCAGCCCUACCAGAAUGCCGAGGACGUCUCGCCAUCAUAA